AUGUCGUUGAGCAGGCCAUCAACCGUACAACCUCAAGAUGGUGACCCAGAGGGGUUCUUUGAUCGUGAGAGAGACAGGUUGGUGGCUGACAUCUCGACGGCAUUUGAAGAACUCAUGACCCACACAAACGUCCUCAACAGAAAGUUGGAAGAGGUGUUUGGUGUCGGGAAAGAGUUCACCACCGUUGCUUCUCUCUGGGGGAAGUUUAACGCGUUGAUAAGGGAGCAACGAACCGACCCUGCACCAGACAUAGGAGUUCCCGGGACUGGUGGUCAAAAUUUCGCUGCCAGCGUCGCUCGGUCAUGA